AGAAACCCCCCCAGAAAAAAACAGCGAGUGGGGUGUCUCGCUUCCUCUUCCGUCUAUGGCUCACAUUGUCUGAUCCAAGUUAGUAGCUUUCAGCUGCCAGCCGCGGCCCCUUAUGUGAGUGCCGCUGAGAAUUCUUUGCAUUGCAAUUGCAAAAUUACCCGUUUCCAGACAGUUUUACAAGGUGUGCAAUUGUAAUAUUGCUGUUUGCACGGACACGCACGGUUCAGACGCAAAAAGGCUCCAAGUGCAUGAAGAUCGCGACUUGUAUUUUGCAUCUUUGUUGCAAAGCAAGCCGCUGAAGCAAGCUCCGGUGCGAGGGCGAUGGAGGGAGGGAGUGAGAAAGAAGGCAAAGUCUUUUGUGCUUCCCCUCCCCCCGAUCAAAGUAAAGGGGAAAUGUCUCAGCCAAAGGGAGGUAAGAGGAAGCCGGUGCUCACGCUCUCCAAGGAGGUGUUUGAGCAGCCUCUUCCUGCUGCCGCACCCCCAAGAGAUUUGGAUUCGAAAGCUUGUGUGACCAUCGGAGAGAAGAACUUUGUGAUGAAAGCCGAUGACCUGGAGCAGAUUGACGAGCUGGGAAGAGGGGCGUACGGUGUGGUGGACAAGAUGAGGCACAUGCCCAGUGGCUUGAUCAUGGCAGUGAAGAGGAUCCGUGCCACAGUGAACACCCAGGAACAGAAGAGACUGCUGAUGGACCUGGACAUCUCUAUGAGGACAGUAGACUGCUUCUACACAGUCACCUUCUACGGCGCACUCUUCAGAGAGGGUGACGUGUGGAUCUGUAUGGAGCUGAUGGACACUUCUCUGGAUAAAUUCUACAAGCAGGUGAUAGAUAAAGGCAUGACCAUCCCCGAGGACAUACUGGGAAAAAUGGCCGUCUCGGUAGUGAAGGCUCUGGAACAUCUGCACAGUAACCUGUCAGUGAUCCACCGAGAUGUGAAGCCAUCGAACGUAUUGAUCAACACACAGGGCCAGGUGAAGAUGUGUGACUUUGGGAUCAGCGGUUACCUGGUGGACUCCGUGGCCAAGACCAUGGAUGCCGGCUGCAAGCCCUACAUGGCGCCGGAGAGGAUCAAUCCAGAGACGAAUCAGAAAGGCUACAACGUCAAGUCUGACAUCUGGAGUUUAGGAAUCACUAUGAUUGAGCUGGCCAUCUUGCGGUUUCCCUAUGACUCGUGGGGCACACCCUUCCAGCAGCUGAAGCAGGUGGUGGAGGAACCAUCACCCCAGCUCCCUGUUGACCAGUUCUCCCCUGAAUUUGUUGACUUCACCUCCCUGUGCUUAAAGAAAAAUUCAAAAGAGCGGCCAAACUACCCAGAACUCAUGCAACAUCCCUUCUUCAUCUCCCAUGAAUCGAAAGAGACUGACGUGGCUAGCUUUGUCAAGGUCAUCCUCAGGGACUGAUGAGCCCCACGCCCUGAUCUAAGACAACGCUCUGACCAAUUGCCACAGGGGGAGGUGGACCUACAAAGAAAAGCACCAAUCGCAAACCAUGUUACCUGCGGGACCCCACUGCCUCCCCAGUCCCCGACCCCUCCCUCUGGGCCAGUAGAGGAACUCAGAGGAGAUGAAUAAGGAGAAUGAUACCAUGUUGGAGGAAUGAGGAGUUAGCCUUAAGGCUUCAAGGCCCUCAUAUUAGAUAUGGGCAGGGGGGGCAACGUGGAAAUUACUGUCAUUUUGAGGAUUGGAGGGCCGGCCCAUAAAAAAUCUGGAUUAAUUUAAAUAUAUGAUGAUAUUUGUAUGAAAUGCGACUCCCCCCGACCUCUAAUUUUGUCCCACUCUUGUUACUGUACUAGACCCACUGCUUAAACAGUGAUUUGGCAGUUCGAUGUUAGUGAAUUUAGCAACGUGUGGAUUAUGCCCUGUCCUAUUGGUCAAUCCCUAAGAUAUUUUUAAACCUGGUGUGAAAACAUAAAACUGAGUUUUAAAAACAACUAAAAGUGAUAUGAAUAUAUCUACUGUAUGUAUAAUCUAAAUGUUUGUAUUAUACUCAAAGCAAGUUG